AAUUAUGACAAAUAAUUGCGUGGAAAGCACAAAAGAUUAGGGAAAAAAGAAACGACGAUCAAUGGAUGGGAGAACGAAGGAGAAGGAGAAAGACGGCGAGAGAUGGACGGCGGCGAUCGCCAAUCUAACGGAAACCGCGUCGAAUCUCGACUCCUUACAGAGGCUACUCAUCAAAAAAGCCGUUUACGUUGACGGCGAUACCUUCGCCAAAGCCUCCCUUAGCUCCGAGCAAGCUCGCACUAUCAAGGUUCUAGAGCAGAGGGUGGAGACUUUAGAAAGAAAACUCGAUAAUGCCAUAUCUGCUGCUGCUCGUGCACGUACUGAAAAACGGCAGGCUGAGGGAGCGCAAAAGGCUGCUGAAUUACGCGCUCUGGAAAUUACAAAGGAAUUAGAGAACACUACAAAAGUAUUUGAGCUGCACAUGGAAGAGUUGCGUGCAAAGCAAGAGGAGAUUUUGAAACGGGAUAAAGAGAUAAAACUUCUCGAGGCUAUAAUACAGACACUUGGUGGCAGAGGAUCACUUUCUCCACAAGGCUAAAAAUCCAUUCUCGUAAGUCUGUUCUGUACGAAUCUUGCAAGAAAAGAACCCGAGCAGAUAAAUCCGUGUACAUAAGAACCCCAACUUAAUGUAUGCAUUCUUUGUAUCACAAAUUUUCGAUCUUUUUGGCGCUUGUUCUUUAACCGUAGUUCAAUGGAGAAACAUGAUCUUCGACUCUUUGUAACUGUCGCCUGUUGGUUAACUGGAUCAGAUCAGUAAAAAUGAGUAACUCUCCUAAAAUCACAGCAGUUGGUAUUUUACUUCUCAGAGUAUAUUUGUGUAAUUCGAUUUCGACUGUGUAUACUGUUGAUCAAGGGAGUUUGCCGAUGUUAGUAAAAAUUACAGCUAAAAAAUUCACCGAGUGCGAUUUCUUAGGUGUGUUGCACGUUUC